UGGGAGGAAGCCUGGGCUCACACAAGGACAGCCCACAGACUGCAGAGCUGUGGUGGGUGGUCACAGCUGCCACCACCUCGCCUCUGGGACCCACAACCACUUUGAGACUCAGGUGGCGGAGGGCGGCCGUGACAUGACCCUGUGUCUCUCUCCUGCCAGGCUGGACGGCCCACACUUAAGCUGUUUGGUUGGGGAGGGUAUGUCUCCAAGGCCCGAGAUGACCCUGUCCUCACUCCGCCAGUACCCCGAAGGUGUCUUCUAUGACUUGGACAGCUGCAAGCCCUUCAGUUACCCAGAUUCAGACGGGGGCCUUGACUCCACAUGGGGCUGGACAGAGGCCCCGCCCGGCCCUGCCAUCGCUCCCUACGAAGCCUUCGACCCCGCUGCGGCUGCCUUUGCCCACUCACAGGCUGUACAGCUCUGUUAUGGCCAUGGUUCUACACCCCCCACCUAUAGCCCCGUGGGGACCCUCGACCCAGCCCCCAGCUUGGAGGCCCCGGGGCCUGGCCUCCAGGGAUACCCCUCAGAGGACUUCACAAGCCAGACCCUGGGCUCCUUGGCUUAUGCUCCGUACCCCAGCCCUGUGCUAUCGGAGGAAGAAGACAUUCUGCUGGACAGCCCUGCCCUGGAGGUCUCGGACAGUGAGUCAGACGAGGCCCUCUUGGCUGGCUCCGAGGGGAGGGGACCCGAGGCAGGUGCACGCAAGAAACUGCGCCUCUACCAGUUCUUGCUGGGGUUGCUCCUACGCGGGGACAUGCGCGAGUGCGUGUGGUGGGUGGAGCCAGGUGCCGGCGUCUUCCAGUUCUCCUCCAAGCACAAGGAGUUGUUGGCUCGCCGCUGGGGCCAGCAGAAGGGCAACCGCAAGCGCAUGACGUAUCAGAAGCUGGCCCGAGCGCUGCGCAACUAUGCCAAGACAGGCGAAAUCCGCAAGGUCAAACGCAAGCUCACCUACCAGUUUGACAGCGCGCUGCUGCCAACCGCCCGGCGUGCCUGAGCGCUCCGCCAGGACCCCUUUCUGGCCCCUAAGUCCCAGUGCCCAUGGAGCCCCGUAUGGGGGCGCCGCCAGCUCCUCGGCUCUCCCUAGGGCCUCCCCAGAGUUUCCUGUGCUAUGUAUGGGAUUCCAGUCCAGGAUGGGCGUGUUUCAGGGCUCACUGGCCAUUCUGCACGGUUUCAGAAUGGCAGGUUUCUCUGGGGGUGGGGUGGGGUGGGGACCUGGUGUUGUCUACGGUUCCAGAAUCCGCAGAUACUUCUUGCGAGCCCGGUGAUCUCAUAUGGCAUCUAACCAGCAGGUGGCGCUGUCUACAGCCCCCGCCCCAAACCCUUGUGUGUUGGCCGGAUGGGUCCCCUGAGGUCCCCUGAGGCCUUUGUUAGCUCUGAUUUCUAGUUAUGUUUGGCGCUCUCUGAGAACCCUGUGCCACCUGUGUGUGACUUUUCUCUGUGUCCAUUUAUGGCUUUUGUUUGUUUGAGAUAGGGUCUCAUUAUGAAGCUCAGGCUGGCCCCUAACCUGUAACAGUUGUCCUGCCUCAGUCUCCGGAGUGCUGGGAUUACAAGGGUGCACCAUCACACCAGGCUUUUUCCUUUAUUAUUAUUAUUUUUUUUUUUUUGAGAGAGAGAAGGUUUGACUCCGUAGCCCAGGCUGUCCUCAAGCUUGUGGUGAUCCCUCUUGCCUCAGUCAUCCCUUGGGACCCUCUGGGAUCCAUGUCUGAGAUGAACCGUUGGGUAGGGUGCGGGUGGGGCUCAGUGGAUCUUAUAGUUGGGCCAGCCCUUCUGGGGAUCCUUUGAUCAUGUGGGACGCGCUCUAGGCUCUCAGCAGCCCUGCAUUCACACAGUGACUGUCCUGUUGGAGGUGUGACCUGUGCGUGGUGUUUGAAGGUCAUACUGGGCAGUUUGGGAUGUGUGGCAGAGGUACGGCUGUGGUGAGGCUUUUUUUUUUUUUUUUUUUUUUUUUGGUGCCUUUUAUUCUUGAGGUUGGGUUUUCUGUAGCUCAGGCUGGCCUUGAACUCUCUUGACGAUAACCUUGAGUCCCUUGCCUCAGCCAGAAUGCUUAGAUUUCACGCAGCGCCAUGUGACUGUUUCCCUUUUCUUAAGUCAAGAUCUGUUUGUGUAGCCCAGGCCGGCUUCACGCUCACAACACUCUUCCUGCCUCCGUGUCCGGAGGACUAGGACGACAAACGUGUCUUACCGCACUGUGCUUACCCACGCCAUGGCUAGACAGACUUCUAGAGCUGGUCACCCCCCCACCCACAAGGCAGGCAAAUGAAGUCCCUGUCGGUGCCUUCUUCAGAGGGAAGGCCGCUUUCGCAGUGAUCUUUCAAACUAGAGAGCACUCCCACGAUCCAGACAUCUGAAAGUGGAGCUUUGGACAGCUGGGGACCUCUGGCCAGCCUCUGGCCAGGCGUCUGCGCGGGACCCUGCUCAGCGCCCGCCCGCCUCACACCGCACCGGUCACUUCUCACCCUGCCUUUCAAGUGCUGCAGGCCAGGCAGCCUCAAACUGUGCGCUUCUCUUGGGCGUCCGUGGCAGAAUCAGAACCCAGAGCUUUGAAACCUGAGUAAGCUGGGCCACCCAGGCUUCCGUCCCUCUGAGAAAGAGACGAUGAAGAGGCCCCUAAAACUCUGCAACCCUGACGGUGACGCCCCAGAACUCACCUCUGGGUGGCCCUGGGGUGGGGUGGGGGGAAGGAUCAUGGAGGGUCCAGAUAUCUAUAUAGUCGAGGCUAAACUGUACCAAAUAAAAUUAUUUCUUCAAAACCCACUCUACCUGCAUAAUAAAUAAAGCCCUACAUCAAAAUGAA